AGUUGGUAAACUAGGUGUAACUGAAAUCUAGAACAUGGCAUGUUUUAAACUUCAUCAUUAAAAAUGACUAUUUGAUUCCGCUGCCAUUCUCAUUAUAUACAUAUGGACAUUCUUUAACUUGUAUAUUUUUUAGAUUGAUUACAGCACAGCAGCUUCGUCUAUCACAGGGGGACAGGGAGAAAAGGUUCGAGAUGUGCGAGUGGCUAGUGACGCUCUCAGAUGAAGAACUCAUUAAUAUCGCUUUCACUGACGAAGCUAACUUUUACUUGGAUGGAGAGGUUAAUUCACGAAACUGUACACGGUACAUUGGAUCCAAAAAGAAAGGGGGUGCAGGCAGAGCUGGUCUUGAUGUAAACUUAAUCCACAUGAAGGAGAAACAUGCAGAAAAGGUAAAAUUAAACCCAACUUUACUCCAGUUGAUGGUGUUUGCCGGUACCUGUAAGGGAAGACUCUUUGGUUUAAAAUUUAUACACGGAAAUAUGAAUUCCCAGAUGUACCAAGAAUUGGUUAAGGAGGAGUGCAUUCCUCAGUUGAUGGCUGCAAACAACGGAUCACUUGAAGGAAUAAUUUGGCAACAGGACGGUGCUACCAUCCACAGAAAUCCUAGAUUCAUGGAAUACCUAGACCAAUAAUUUGAUGGUCGAGUUCUUGGCCUUGGUGCUGACCUUAGGGGUCUCAGGGGCCACAGCUGGGCUCCACGGAGCCCGGACUUGAGUGUCAUGGACUUUAGUAUCUGGUCCAUAAUGAAAAGGAUGGUCUUUACCAGUCCUCUCCCCAUCUCCUUGGACGAACUUGAAGAGCGAAUCACAGAGGUGGUAGAUCAACUUAACGGAGAUCCAGAGCUGA